AUGUUGCAAGUACCUCGCAAGGCAGGGGAUGUGAUGACUAGAGUAGACAAGUGGGUGACGCAAAUAGACUAUGGUGGGAAAGUGACUGUUUUUGACUUCACUUAUCUCAAAGACAAGGGUGAAGUGGAUCUGUGGAUUGUGGAAGACUGGAGGAAGAAAGAAUGGUCGAUGAAGACUCUGGUUUUGCAGACUUGUCAGAUGCAUCUAGUCGUUGAUAUUAGAAUGAAGCCAAAAGGUAGGAUUCUUAGAGACAAGGUUGUUUUGGUACCGAUUAAGUUGGUUUCUCCCUCUGCUAUGAUCUUCGAAGCAAUGAUCUACAAAUACCGUAUCGCUGGUUUAGCAAGCCUGUAA